AACUAACACGAGGUUAAGGUUUCUAUGAGUCUUCUACGUUGUCCCAUUGUUUUGUUCCUGUGGGCCAAUGAGGGAGACGUUGGAAGAGACACAGGAAAGGAAUGCCCCGAGGGAAAUGAGGCAGCAGGAACAGGCUGGACCACAUUCCCAGGGGAAGCUGUAAGCUGAUAGUUCCAUCCUAUAACAAGCCACAUCAAGCCCAGCACUGGGGACCAGAACAUACAGCUGCUCUGCACAGCAGCACAUUGAGAGCUCUGCUGCUUCUGCACCAGGAACCCAACUGGUUUAGAAGGAACUUCAAAAGUCAUAGAAGAACAAAAUGAGACAAGGGCUUCUUUAUGUGAUGGGUCUACUGCUCUUGGUUUCACCCAACACAUCCCAGCCCAGCAUCAUCACAGCUGCCCCUCCUCUAUGCGGGAAUCCAGUGUUUUCCAGUAGGAUUGUUGGAGGAACCGACACUAGGCAAGGAGCAUGGCCUUGGCAGAUCAGCUUAGAGUUUAAUGGCAGCCAUAUUUGUGGAGGGUCCAUAGUCUCUGACCAGUGGAUUCUGACAGCGGCCCACUGCAUUGAACACCCCGACAUGCCAUCUGGUUAUGGAGUCCGUCUUGGCGCGUACCAACUGUAUGUGAAGAACCCACAUGAGAUCACAAUCAAGGUUACCGCCAUCUACGUGAACUCCCAGUUUGAUGGCCCCGGCGCGAGUGGAGAUAUUGCUUUAUUGAAGCUGUCUAGCCCCAUUAAAUAUACCGAAUACAUUCUCCCAAUAUGCAUGCCGACUGCUACGGCCACAUUCCCCCCUGGGACUCAAUGCUGGGUAACAGGAUGGGGAGAGAUUGGCUCUGGGGUUUCACUGCAAUAUCCAGCAACUCUUCAGAAGGUGAUGGUGCCACUCAUCGGCAGGGAUGUAUGUGACAAGAUGUACCAUAUCAACUCCAUCAUCAGUAACAGUGAAGUUCUGAUCCAAAAUGACCAGAUCUGUGCCGGCUACCAAGUUGGACAAAAAGAUGGUUGUCAAGGAGACUCCGGGGGGCCACUAGUCUGUCAGAUACAAGGGAUCUGGUAUCAGGCCGGUAUUGUGAGUUGGGGAGAAGGAUGUGCCGCUAAAAACCGACCCGGUGUUUAUACUUUUGUACCAGCUUAUGAAUCGUGGAUCUCGGCGCGUAGUGAUAUCCGUUUUACAUCUUUCUCAUCAUCAACAUCAUCAUCAUCACCAUCAUCGUCAUCCGUUCUAAAGGCAUCCGCCAUCUUGCUUGGAGUUUGUUUGCUUUUGAAUGUCUGGUCCACCAGAAGUCCACCAGAAGUCCACCAGAAGUCCACAGUGGGUCGACUGGUGGACCAUGAUCCCCGUUUCGGCCAUAGCACUCUAGUCAAUGCGGUCCACCAGAAGUCCACCGUGGGUCGACUGGUGGACCAUGAUGCCCGUUUCGGCCAUAGCACUCUGGUCAACACGGUCCACCAGAAGUCCACAAACGUCAUUAACGUCACCCAGUGGGACAUGGUGGUGUGGCCAAGUACCACGCUGAGGCAGACAAUUACUUCAGCUCCCAUUCUGUCAGCAGCCACAGUCUACUCUGCUCCAGCCUGUGGGUCUCCUGUGGUCUCAAGUAGGAUAGUUGGAGGCACUGCUGCCAUGAAUGGCGCGUGGCCCUGGCAGGCCAGUCUGCAGUACCAAUACUCACACAUAUGUGGGGGUUCAGUCAUCUCUAAUAAGUGGAUUAUGACAGCUGCUCAUUGCUUUGAAAACUCGCUGACCACAUCCCUGUAUCGGGUUCGCCUGGGCGCCUACCAGUUGUCUCUCUCAAGCCCCAAUGAGUUCAUAUCCAGUGUGAAGAGUAUCACUGUGAACUCCCAGUACAACAGCCAAACUAACUUUGGAGACAUCGCUCUAGUGGAACUAUCAAGCACCAUUACCUACACCACGUUCAUCCUCCCUGUCUGUGUGCCUUCAUCUUCUGCCAAUUUCACUGCCGGCAUGGAAUGCUGGGUAACCGGAUGGGGCAAUAUUGGCUGGGGAGCAAAACUUCCGUAUCCCCAAACUCUCCAGCAGGUGAUGACCCCUCUCAUUAGCAGGGACUCAUGUGAGCAGAUGUACCAUACCAGCACUGGGGUCAGUUCCAGUGUUACCAUAGUUCGAGUAGACCAGAUCUGUGCUGGGUAUGCUGCUGGACAGAAGGACUCUUGCCAGGGAGACUCCGGGGGACCACUGGUCUGUAAUGUACAAGGAGUCUGGUAUCAAGUUGGCAUUGUGAGUUGGGGAGAAGGUUGUGCCCUUGCAAACAGUCCUGGAGUUUAUACCCUGGUGCCCAAUUAUCGGUCAUGGCUCUCAUCAUAUAACGCAACAACUGAUGUUUUAACCAGGGCGAAUACUGCGGCCAGCACAGUUGGUGCCGUCACAACAGCCACCGUAGCCUCCACAGAUGGUGCGACCACCAUACUUAAUGCAGCUUCAAUUAAUAUUCAAGAGCAUAAAGUGACUGCAGUUAAUACAGAUACUGUAAAUGAAUCCUCCUCCUCUGCUUUAAGUAUACCCGUACUAUUACUUGGUGCCUGUGUUCUUCUGUGUAGGUGGAUCCCAACUGGCCAUUGACCACCGAAGGCGUCCUUGUCUUUCUUGUAUAUGGUCACAUUCAGUAUGGUGCUCACCCUAUAUAAAACAUGGAAGCUGCUCUAGGUUUUCAGUUUUGUGUAUGGGGUAAGAUAUAGGCAUGAAGCACACAGCCAUAAGGGAGAAAUGCCAUGAAUGGCAGGGAAGACUGGACACAAUGAGGUAUAAGAAGUAACUCAAGGAGACCUUGUAAGGUUCUUAAGGAGUGAUGGAGAAACAUGGACAAAAAUAACCCUAAAGAACUGAACUGGACUAGUUGUGUUAUAUUAUUGUUAUAAUUAUAGUAUUUGACCUCUGGCUCAAGAUAAUCCUGUGACGACAUUGGGAAAAAACAAUCUUGGUUCCUUUAGUGCCUCUGUUCAUGCACUUUACAAGGUGAUACCCUUCUAUUAAGUUCCAGGAAGCAUAUCAAAACAGAUCCUGGGUUAAACGUCAUCGAUGUAUCUGCUCAGUGCAGGCUGGUUUGAAAGAUACUGUAGAUGGCAGUGGUUCUCAACCUUCCUAAUGCCGUGACUCUUUAAUACAGUUCCUCAUGUUGUGGUGACUCCCAACCAUAAAAUUAUUCCUAAGACCAACGGAAAUAUGUGUUUUCCGACGGUCUUAGGUGACCCCUGUUAAAAGGGUAGUUCGACCCCCAAAGGGGUCCCGACCCACAGGUUGAGAACCUAAAAUAAAUAUUGUUGUCUACAGAAGAUAACAAUGAAAUCUACAUGUAAUGGAAUAAGCCCUAAACAAAUGUUCUCAAACUGUGGAGCUUGAUCCCCUAAGAGGUCCAUGAAAUGGGUGGUUAAAUGACCUUAGACCUCAGGCUGACCACCACUUCUUAUUACAUUUGAGAGUGAACUAUUAUUUUUUAUCCAACAUAAUCCAAGAUGACCAUCAGUGAACCAGAUAUCAGCAACCUUGGUGCGGUCUUGUUUUGCUGAUCGAGUUGGAAAAAGCUGGCUUCAACCCAAAAAGUCUAAAAAGCUCCAGGGUUAGUGGUUUAGUGUUGGGUCAGGAUUACCUUUUUUAUAAUAAGAAGCUGCCUAGUUAAUUUGAGUUGAAAAAAUGCACUUGUCCAUCAAGUAAAAUGGAUUGACUUUGGCUGGGACAAUUCUCAUUGACUUCUAUAGAAACUCGAGGGAGGAAGGAUUCUAAUGGGUGCUACUGCUCAACAGCACUGAGCACUAACACCCCAGGAACCAGUAAAAGAGACUCUUGUGCUAAUAUGGACAUGGGGGGAACGACUGACUGUAAGAUAAAUGGGGUUGAAUUAGAAACGAACAUGAAAUUUUGGCAAACCAAAAAUCUAUUUAUGUUGUUGUUUGUGAAAUAAAUGUAUUUAUAAAAA